AUGGACCGUAUUCAAAGACUUCGUAUUGUCGUGGAUAUGAAGGAACUCAGCAAGUAUUGUAGACAUGACGCAAAACCCAGCAAAGUGUCCCCUUUGGACGUGCAAAAGGUUAAAUGGGAGGAGAGGGCUCAGAAGCUACUUGAGGAAAUGGAGCGGUUGGGACAAAAUCUCAUCAGACCUAUGGCGGGUCUGCCAGCCUUGAAGGGGUUGGAUAUCUGGAUAGAGACACACCCAGAUUUGCCUGCCACGCCCAAACUUCUGGAGGUUUUGGGUCAGUUCAUGUUGGACUUACAAACCGCAUUAGUUUGUGGCCACUUUGUCGGUCUAAGCAGCCUGAGAUUGACUGCUGGUACCAACGAUUUGGUCCCAAUUUUGCGUGGUGUAUUAGCGUCGGAGACUUGCUUGAUGCUUCGAUCUUUUUCUUGCAACCAGCUGCCUGAGAAGCUUGUCAGAUUCCCCAGACGGCUUCCGGGGACUCCGGAGCGAGUGGCAGUUCUCAUCAACGGACUAUUACAAGCCCGUGAACCUGGCUCAAAAGAUCUAAUUGCCGAUGUCGUUUCAAGCUGCCCUCAGGUUAGGGAUCUUUCGAUCCCCAGCCUGGCCCUACUCAACAAGAACCUAAAACUACAUCCUGAGAACAAGGGAUUGGACAAGCUAUUUGUUGUAGGGGACAUGGCUACUAUUCAUGAGGCUGAAAACAUCGCCUCCAUAAAGCGGUUAACCCCUCAGAGAAAAACUGCGCUGGUAUUAGAUUGGUAUUCCCGCCUGAGAAAGAGGCCUGCUCUUGUGGAGAUCAUAGCAAGGUUACUCGGACGCGAAGUGAAGAAGGUCGAUCAACGCGGCAUUGUACUUGGAACACCGCAGUGA